AUCUAUAUAUUUUACCGAAGAUGAGUAGUAGUAGUAUACAAAUUCUCUUCUUAAUUUCUACGUACAGAGUCCCCUUUGUUCUAGGAUUUCUUCGAUCCAUAACAAAAAAAAUUAAAAAUUCUCACCCUCAUGAUCAUCACGAAUCAAAAGAUCAUGAGAAAAACCCUAUAUCAUUCCCCAAAUACAAAAAUCUUAACGAAUAAAUUUAGGUUUCAACUCAUUCAUAAGUGUUUCCUUGCAGAAGAAAACCCCCUUCUAAUUCCCUUUCAGGAAUAGGUUUCGGGAAAAACAAAAAUUCCUCGUAUUCUCGAAAACCUUGUACUACUUUUAUGCAUGAUCAGCUAGUCUCCUGCCUGAUAACUUCCAUACCCAAGUCUUUUUUUUUUUUUUUUUUUACUAUUCUUAGUCGGUAAGAAAAAACAUCAGAUGGCAACCCUAGUUAUGGAAGUAGUGAUGCUGGACAAUGAUCAUGACGACGUUGCCAGCGACGACGAUGAAGUAUCCAUUUUGCAUGCAAACCCAGUUUUGCUCGAAAAGGGUCGCAAUUCAAGUUCUGCAAUGAACAGCACUGGAACAAAGCACAACAACAAAAGGGUCAUUCUUGAUGAAGAUGAUGAUGAUGUCGAUGAAGUUCAAGUUAUUUCUUCGAGGACUAAAAGAAUGUUAUAUUUAGGUGAGUGUUCGAAUUCUAAACCCGAAACCGUUACAAUUACAGAUGAUGAUGAUGAUGAUGAUGAUAAUGAUACAGUUGAUCAGAAGGAUGAUGAUGAUACAUUUUUGUGUGAUUUUUGUGUGGAUAAGAAGCCAAAGAUUGAGAAAUUUUCCAUAAAGGGUUGUAAUCACACUUAUUGUUCAGAGUGUCUGGCCAAAUAUGUAGCUUCAAAAUUGAAGCAAAAUCACACUCAUAAUAUCUCAUGUCCUUCAACGAGGUGGUGUAAAGGAAGGUUAGAGCCUCAGGAUUGCGGUUCGAUUUUGCCUGCAGAAGUGUUUGAUAGGUGGAAUAAUGCCCUUUCUGAGGCAAUGCUUUUGGCUUCUGACCAAUUUUACUGUCCUUACAAAGAUUGUUCAGCUCAUCUGGUUGACAAAAGAUCAUCCGCCGCGGGGAACAGUAUUGAGGCUAUUACCGAUUCUAAAUGCCCACAUUGUAGGAGAAUGUUCUGUGCAAGUUGCGGAGUUCCAUGGCACGCCGGGAUUUCGUGUGAGGAGUUUGGGAAGUUGAAGAAGGAUGGAAGAGAAAUGGAGGGUAUUAAGGUGAUGAAUGUAAUAGCAAAAGACAAUGAAUUGGAAAGUUGUCCUGGUUGCGGGUUUUUUGUUGAGAGGACUCAAGGGUGCAGGUGUGGUCUCUUCUUUGUCUGUGAUUGAGGAUCUCAUUUUACGAAAGGCCACAGGUUGAGCCACCUGCAUUAUAAAACUCUGUCUGGUUUCAGUGAGUGUCUUCUUCUGAUUGCUGAUGGAGAUGGAAUGCGAGGCUAGCUGUUCUUAGUGCGAGAGGGAAUGGAAGUCAUGACUUGAGUCGCAUGUUUCAUACACGUUAAGAAAAGAAACUGAUGCAAAUUAAACUUGAAAUUCUUUGAUGUAAUUUAUGCAGGAUUGUUUAGCUGAAAUUUCCGGAAUCUCUUUUAUAUCUUAAUUACGUACAGAAAACUCCAAACCCUCAGAAAACUAGUGCUCUUUUGAGCUUGAGAAUAAAUACUUUUUCGAAUACUCUUUAGGUCUGAUUAAUUAUUUUUUUAGCUUGAGCUGAAUGGCUUAAGGGAAUGUAUGGAAGAGUUAGUUAUCCUGUG